AUGGCUUCCGGUGCUCCUAUUCUCCUAAAGCUCCUAUUUUUAUUGUCCGUUUUCAACUUCUCAUUAGCAACCAGGCGACUCACUGAGUUAGUCCACGACUCGUCUCCCCUCAUGCAAUACCACAAUGGAGCCCUCCUAACCGGCGACAUCUCCGUCAACCUUAUUUGGUAUGGCAACUUCAAACCUUCCCAGAAAGCCAUCAUCACCGAUUUCAUCACCUCCCUCUCCUCCACCUCACUCAAAUCCCAGAUCCAACCAUCCGUCGCCACAUGGUGGAAGACGACAGACAAAUACUACUCAAAAACAAAGAAACCCUCCCUCCGACUCGGCAAACAAGUAUCUGACCCGGAUUGCUCACUCGGGAAAUCCUUAACGGACACAAACCUUCUCCAGUUGGCUUCAAAGGGUGAAGCAACCAACGCGGUUAACAUAGUGUUAACUGCAAAUGACGUAGUAGUCGCCGGAUUUUGCUCCGGUACGUGUGGUACCCAUGGCCACUCCUCAUCUACCAUUGUGAAAGGUAAAAGCGACAAGUUUGCUUACAUCUGGGUUGGCAACUCGGUGACUCAGUGUCCUGGUCAAUGCGCGUGGCCAUUCCAUAAACCAAUCUACGGACCACAGGGUGCACCACUGAUCGCACCCAACAACGACGUGGGUGUGGAUGGAAUGGUGAUAAAUCUGGCUACUCUUUUGGCUGGAACUGCUACAAACCCAUUUGGGAAUGGGUAUUAUCAGGGGGAUGCUGGUGCACCAUUAGAAGCUGCAUCUUCUUGUCCGGGGAUAUUCGGUAAAGGGGCGUAUCCAGGGUACGCAGGGGAUGUGUUGGUGGAUCCGACGACUGGUGCAAGUUACAAUGCUGAUGGUGUAAAUGGAAGGAAGUAUUUGCUUCCAGCUUUAUUUGAUCCAUCAACUUCUACAUGCUCUACUUUGGUCUAA